GGCUGACUUCAAUAAAUGUUUUCAUCUCUUUCCCUCCGCAGCCAAGAACUGCUCCUACUUCAAACACUUCACUAAGGAAGAAGAGGCCAAAGGGUUCGAAGCCAAAACUCAGAAAGAGUACUACCUCUCAGCAGCGGCCAUUGCUGUGUUCAGCCUGGCCUUUAUGACCCUGGGGUCGCUGUGUGUCGUGUGCUCCUUCGGGAAGGGGAGGGAUUACCUGCUGAGGCCUGCUGGGAUGUUCUUUGCCUUCGCAGGUCUCUGCAUCAUCAUCUCUGUUGAGGUGAUGCGGAACUCCACCAAGCGGAUGAUUGACAGCGAGGAGACCGUCUGGGAACAGUACUACUACUCCUGGUCGUUUGAAUGUGCCUGCACCUCUUUCGUCCUCCUGGUCUUCAGUGGUCUCAACCUGUUGAUCAUCUCCAUGCCCCAGAUGCCACGCAACCCCUGGGAGACCUGUAUGGACGCAGAGCCAGACUCCAUGGAGCCCUUAGACUAGUAGUAGAUCAGAUUAGACCUGCCCAGAUCAACCCCUGGGAGACCUGUAUGGACGCAGAGCCAGGCUCCAUGGAGCCCUUAGACUAGUAGUAGAUCAGAUUAGACCUGCCCAGAUCAACCCCUGGGAGACCUGUAUGGACGCAGAGCCAGACUUCAUGGAGCCCUUAGACUAGUAGUAGACUCCACUAGAACAGACCAGACUAGUCUAGACCAGGGGAAUCUUCAACAAAGGCUGCCAAAACCAUACAUAUUUUUAUAGAAUCCAACUGAAGAUAAACUAAAUUGAGGCUGGUGGUGGGGGCAACAGAGUUAAGGAUACAGAUGAAUGAGAGUGGGGCACCCCGCCUAAGUAAUAGUAGAAGGGGAAACACUGCACUACACUGCUUGGUUUUAAGUGUACAGAUAAAGAUCUAAGGCAGGAUCUCUGAGCAGUUCCUCGAGGGCCACAGGUUUUUCUUUCUUUGGUCCUUAACUGAUACAUUUCUAUCAUUGAUUACAGAGUGUCCGCUCUCCUGGUCCAUAUCAUCCGUUACUAAGCAACAGACACUGUGGCACUUGAGGACUGCCCUUAUAUAGGGUGCGUUAGUAAAUUCACCAUGGCAACUUACUUCGAAAUUCAGAACACUCUGGUUGGAGAGUGCCAGAGCGCAGAAUAAUUUAUGAAUUUACGAACUGCCUAAACUCGGUUGUUAUGACAGAUUUAAGUAAACAUCGGGUAAAAAACUGAAUUAAAUUGUUGCCAGUAACACAGUUACAGUCACUAACCCUCUUGAUAACAUGGAAACACUCUAGCACUAAUAGCAGCUCUGCAAGGGUGAGCACACUCCGAGUGCACUCUGACACUCUAAAGUGAAUUCACGAACGCACCUAUAAUGUACAGUAUUAAAAUGUGGCUUUUGCUAUAAAAUGACCACAGAGACAGAAAGAGCUAAAGAACAUGGCAACAUAGUGAGCUGCUACUACUGUAAUUUAAUAUAGUUUGAGCUGUCUUGUACACUUCUAAUAUACAUUUCCGCUCUA